AUGUUGUUCGACUUUGACGCUCGCAGUGGAAGGUUACUUACAGCUUCUGCCUGUGCUGUUUCCCUAUAUUUUGCUAAAAAUGCUUUCAGAAACUAUAUUAAUAAUAAAGCUUUGACUGAAUGCAGAAGUGCUAAAACUGCAUACCUUAAUUCUGCAAAGGAGGAUUUUGCAGUUUACUUGCAGCAACGUCAAAUAUCCAGAGAAGAUAUAGAAAUGAUAACAAAUCUAUCUCUCCAGGAGUUGAUUGGAAAACUCAAAAGCCAAGAACUUCCUGUGGCAUACGUUCUGUUAGCGUAUCAGCUCAAGGCUUUUGAGGUUGAUAAGCGACUAAACUGUGUCACCGAAUUCCUUUACCCUGAUCUGUCGGAGGUUAAUUUGAAGGGCCCUCUUGCAGGUUGUCCUGUUAGUCUUAAGGAAUCUUUUGGAAUGAAGGGCCGCGACUCUUGUGUUGGAUGUGCUCGAAAUAUCGACAAAUCACGUAACUGCGACGCAGUGGCCUUGAAGGUGAUUCGUGAUCUUGGAGGUGUUCCUUUUGUUAUAACCAACGUCCCACAAACGUUGAUGAGGCAAGUUUCUCUCUUCCCUUGCAGAAUAAACAGAAUUGUCCGUGUGCGUAUAUCUCUAACAAUAGUUUUCUUCCGCGAAGGAAUAGUUUGCACCCAAUGCAGCAAUCCGAUCAAUGGUGUAACUAAGAAUCCUCUGAGAGCCGAUCGUACUCCCCACGGUUCAAGUGGUGGAGAAGCUGCUCUCAUUGGAGCUGGUGGAUCUAUUCUCGGAUUUGGUACAGACCUUGGUGGGAGUAUCCGUCUUCCGUCUGCUAUGUGCGGAGUGGUCGGAUUCAAACCCACGACAGAUCGUCUCAGUUAUCGAGAUUUGGCAAAUAUGGGCACUGCCAAACCAGUUGUGCCAUGCUGGGGUCCAAUUUGUCGUGAUGCCAACUCCUGUAAAUUUGUCAUGGAGUUGAUCGUCAAUUCGCCUCUUUCACACACACUCGAUCCCUACACACCACCUCUCCUUUAUAAGCAGAUUUCAGAUGGUCAUCACCUCCGGAUUGGCUACUUUUUACAGUUCGAUGAUCUUGUGCCAGUUCCAGCUGUACGACGUGCUCUCCUUGAAACACGUGACAGACUUGCCUUGCGUGGACACGAACUUCCAAUGUCUAUAGUUUUGAGAUAUUUGGCUUAUGAGGAGUCGGAAGAAUAA